CUAGAUCCCAAUUUUCUUCAUCUAAAAAUAAGUUGAGGUUAUUUGGUUAUUUUUAAUUUUAAAAUUAUGAAAAUUUAAAAAUGGAAAACUCAGAAAAGCAUAUGAAAAAUAAUGUAAAAAAAAGUUGUCUUUCUUGCAAAAUUAUCGCUAUUCUCUGUUUUCCCAGCAUCGGCAUUUAUUUAAUUCAUACAGCCAAAACCUAUAAACCAAGAGCUAGAAUAUUUACCACAGCUUUGGGAACAGGUGCAAUACUUCUGGGAAUAUCAGAAAUAUUUGAUAAGAAUCCCAUGAGAGAAUCCACAACAUAAAGAAACUAUUGUAAAUUAAUAAUAAAAACUGUUUUUUAAAUUGUUCAUUUGGUUUGUUUAUGCAGAGAAAAUUUAUUUCCCAUUGACUCCAACUUUUCCAAUUUUCGUGUCAGUUUUCGGAUCUGCAGUUGCUUUUUGUUUGGUAACAAUAAGUUCGCUUGCUUUAGUUUGCAAAUCCCUGAUAUCGCCGAUGUUUAGCAACUGCAAAAUUUUCACUGCCUCGUUAAGUGAUGGAUCUUUGAAAUCCUUGCCCAUUGGGACUUCUUUGUAAGGAAACGGUGUACCCUAAAAAAAUAAUUUAUG